UGCUGAAUUUCCACGAUGCUUUUGUUGUCAAGUUCAGUGGUAUGUGAGUCACGUUUUCAGGAUUCAAAAAAUCCUAAGAAGUGAAAAGCAAAACUCAAUUUUCCUCUCUUGUAUUUUCUUUGUUUUUAAAUGGGAGAAUAACAGAUAGAGAGAGAGAGACCGGGAAAGAGAGAGAGAGCGAAUGAGAGAGACAGAAUGGUGAGAGUGGGAGCGAAUGAGAGAAAGGUAAAGAGGGAGACUUUCAUCAGAGAGAGAGGGAUGGAAAGAGAAAGAGGGAGAGAAAAAUAAAAAAUAAAAUAAAAAGAAAAUCGAGCACGGACACAAAUACAGAAAAUGUCAAUCGACCAAACAGACCAACCGUUCACAGCGAAGCUCGAGCUCAACGCAGGAUACCGGAAGCUCCAAGUGCGUUUGUUUGGUUUUGUGGCCAAAUAUAAAAGUCGCGUCGCCCGGGAAACGGCUGAUAGACCUCGCCUCAGUGGCCAGCGAGAACGUUUCCCGAUGACUCUCCGCCGAGGAAGCGAGAUGACGGCCAAGAGGAAGUUCCUGGUUGCGGGCAGCUGGACGUCACAAGCGGACUCGAGCGCAGAGAGCAAGAGAGAGAGUUUGUGUUCGUUCCUGUUAUAUGCUCGACAGUAUCUUCCUGUCGAGAUCGCCACAACUGUUCCUGACGGUCAUGAGGACGAGGAAGCCUUCUGCAGGGACUGCGACUGCCGUUGGGAAGUGGUGGGCAGAGCUUCGUCCGGCAGUUCCGAUUCUGAGCUGAAGGAAGCGAUUGCCGAAGUUCAGCGGGCAGGCAGGAAGGUGAUCGUCUGUUUGUGCGAGACGUCGGAGGAUCGCGAGAAUGGUCGCACGGAGGAUGUCCUGUUGGGCCAGAUGAAGUCCCUCGCCGCUAGCAUCAGCGACUGGUCUGACGUGGUAAUCGCCUUCGAGGCUCUGUGGGCCAGUAAUACCGGCGUCCUAGCCACAGCUGAGCAGGUGCAGGAGGCCUUGGCCAACAUACGACAGUGGCUGCGUGCCAACGUAAGCGAGAAGGUGGCCAAUAGCACCAGAAUCAUCUACGCAGGUUCCGUUUCGUCCAGCAACUGUCGAGAGCUGGCUCAACUGGAGGACCUGGACGGCUUCCUGGUGGGGAACGCGGCCCUCACACCCAACGUCGUUCCCGCGAUCACUUCUUCACGAGUUUCUCGCUCGUCCCUCUGGGCGACGCACGAGGCCCUCAGCUCGACCGCCCAGCUCAUCCAGCAGCUUCGUCAGCGAGAAUACGCCAGGAGGCUAGCGGCGACGAUGCGCUGUCCGAAACGAUACAUUUGAAUGGUCUGCUCUCAGUUGUGUUGUGGGCAGACUCCACUAUAGGAGGAUUACGUGUAAAUAGGUCUAUGUAUUUAUUAGUCCUUGGUAUUUGUUAAUGAAGUACCGACGUUAUUUAUUGUGGAUGUAUUUAUUUUUAGUAAUAGACACUGCAACUAUAUUUUACAAAUAACGAUAUUUCUACAA